AUGUACUUCAUUUGCUUACGUGGCCUAAGAUUCCCUAAGAAGACUACAAAUUAUAUUCUAGCCAAAAAGAAGUAUGAGUGGACCAGCUCAGCUGUUGGGAAGAGGAGGAGGAAGAAGAAGGAGGCGUAUUUUAGUUACAUGGGGAAAAUCCUAAAGCAAACCCACCCAGACUUCAGUGGGUACUCCUGGAUCUUGGAUGCCCUGGGCUCUCUGGAGGAUUGGCGGCUGGAACGGGUUAGCCUGGAGGCGGUUAGGCUGUCCUUCUACAACCACAGGAGAGCCGUCACCAGCCGAGAGAUCCUUGAAGCAGUCAAGCAGAGAUCCUCUCGGAAGAGCUUUUGAGUAAAUGAAGUGGUUCUGAAUGGCCCUGUUCUUGAAAUGAUUGCACUUGUCAAAAACAAAAGUUGGACAUCAGAAGGCUGAGUUGGAAGAACAAGGCAUCUGAGAUGUACUUGCUGCACCAGGAGUCCUGGUGCCCCACACCUGCUCUCUGGGUCCUGUGGUUUUAGCCUCUGAAUUAAUUUUGUGAAAAAAAGAAUAAAGUCAUUUUCUAUUGAUGUGUGUA